CGGGUGGUCACUCUGGAUUGGAGGUUUAUUGAUCAAAAGAAAAUGUUGAUGUUCUAGAUUUUGAAUUCAACUAUUUAUUAAAUAAAUAUGUAUUUUGUAAUUUUAUUUUUAAAAUUUCCAUUCAGUGUGUUUUAGUGAAAUAUGAAUAUUUGAAUAUUAUUUGGUUUGCGGUGAAGUCAACCAACAAAAAGCGCUGAAUGGGGACUUAUGUUUGUGUAUGUACGGAUGAACUUAUUACUACUGAUCUUAAAAUGGCAAAGUACGCUUUCUACAACAUCAGUCGGAAAUAUAAAACCUAUCCGGCCAAUAUUAAUAUGGAAUGCAAGUCUCAACUGCUGGACGAACACGAAAAUGUGACCUUAAUUGUAAACCGUAGAAGUGCAGCACGUCAAAGCCCUAAAAGGUGGACGACAUUUCGAUGUCGAUGGCAAAAAAAGCUAGCGAUAUCAUUGGCAUUGAUUUUUAUUGGUCUGCUCAUCAUCUUUGCUUACACGGAUCUACUGUUUCGCAAUAAGAUAUUCUCGGUAUUUCUGUCCAGUCGCUUCAAUCAAAUUACAAAUGUUGCUAAACUCCAGACAAGUUAUCCUCAAAAUGAGCAACCACAAGGUCUCGGUGGCGACGCAUCCAAUUCGAAUAAUCCAAUCGUCAAGCCCAUGCAAUAUCUAUUAAACUAUUCAUCGAUGCAUCUGAACAAAACAUCAUCAUCCGACUAUAAUAUAUUUGUUAUAUACACUAGAGAAAACUAUCGUCUUCAAAUGAAGUUCGAUCUAUUUGCACAUAGUUUAUUUAAGCACACCAAUGCGCAACUGCAUUUGCAUAUUAUCACGGAUAAGGAGAGCGAGAUGUCCGUGCUAGACAUACUACAACGGAAAAUUCGAAAAUUUCGUAGAAUAGUGAUAUACACGAUGUACGACGUGCAGAUAUGUUCAAAUAUUAUACAGGAUAUAACUGCCAAACUGUCUCCAUAUUUCAGUUCCAUGCCCAAUUCAUAUUAUAGCGAUUCACUUUUUUUCCUAUCGCUUGGCUUGCAUCGCAUUGCCGACAAAAGCAUAAGUCGCGCGAUUCUUUUCGAUUGUGAUAUUGUUUUUCGUUCAGAUGUUCGGUUAUUGUUUGCAGAAUUUGACAGAUUUUUACCCCAUCAACUAUUUGGGCUGGCGCCGGAACUUACGCCAGUUUAUCGCCACAUACUCUAUCGUUAUCGUGUACGAUUUCCGAAAUCGAAUUUUGGGAAUCCGUAUCAUCCUAUGCAAUUAGUUAAGAACAAUAAGAAUAGUAAAUUGAUAACGAAUCACAACAAUCAUGAGCGUCAUGGUUACCCGGGCCUUAAUUCUGGUGUAGUACUUAUGCUUUUAAAUCGCAUUCGAGACUCAAAAACGUAUUUGGAGGUGCUCACACAAUACGAAGUGCAUAGAUUAGUUUCAAAAUACUCCUUCAAGGGACACCUAGGUGACCAGGACUUUUUUACACUGCUCGGGUACGAGUACCCGAACCUAAUAUACAGAUUAGAUUGUAUAUGGAAUAGACAGCUUUGUACGUGGUGGAAAGAUCACGGCUAUAGUAAUAUAUUUGAUGCGUACUUUCGUUGCGAAGGCGUUAUCAAAAUGUACCAUGGUAAUUGUAAUACACGCAUUCCUGAGUAA